UUUUGUUCAGUGAUGCAGGCAGGCUGCACUUCACUUCCUUCCAGGAGACAGUGACUCUCUGUCAGCUGCUGCUUCUGUAGUUCAGCUAUGCAGCCGUACAACAAAUCUCAAUCAAGAUCGAACUGUCUCCUCUCAGACGGUCAAGCAGGUCAGGAUCAUCCCGGGGCAUCCAGGGCUUUGGUCUGCACAGCGGAGCAGUCGGCAUCUCCGUGUGUGAGCUGCCACAAGGAAUCUGCAGAGUUCUGCUCAUCCACAGGUCAUCAAGACAGGCACUGCCCUGUGUGCCUGCAGACAGCCAGCUUCCCCGUGCAGACCAACUGUGGCCAUUUGUUCUGUGCUCCCUGUCUGAUCGCCUACUGGAGACACGGCUCAUGGUUGGACGCUAUCAGCUGCCCUCUCUGCAGACAGAAGGUCAGCGCGCUGUGCCAUCUAUUUAACGAGAGUCGAUCAGACCAACAGUCAAAGGAAGUGCUUGGGGAAAUCACAGAUUACAACAGACGUUAUUCUGGAGCUCCACGACGGGUAACAGACUACCUGUGUGACGCGCCCCUCCUCCUGCAGUUACUCGCUCGGAGCCUCGGCACCAUGGGAAGUCUUGUGUGGCUGUUUUUCUUCAGGGUGGCCCUGUGCUGCGUGGGGACCGUGAUGUCCAUCUCCUCCCCUCCUCUGGACCCAGUCUCCCCUUCAUCAGCGACUCCCCUGGAGUCAGACCCCUCCCUCUGCGGACUGCUUGGGGUGCUGGAUGACCUGGUGGUGGUCAUCUUGCUCCUCAUCUGUAUUAUCAACAUCAACCAGCAAAUGGUGUCAGAGAGAGGUGGACACUCAGCGAACACUACGACCUCUCGAGGAGUCAUGGGGAAUUCGCUGUAGACCGACGCUGCUGUGGAGCUGUUUGACAUGAACUUGUGUUGGAUUUCAUCCUUCUGGCUGUGGAUGGUUGUUUAGUGGAUGCAGGGAUAUUAACCAACACUUGAUCAACACUUGACUGUAAAAGUCAAGGUGUCAAAAUGUGUCUCCAGGCCUGUCUGUCAACUGUUUACAGAGCCUACGUAUGAGUGACAGAUAGCUAAAAUAUAAUGAUUUGUAGUGUGGUGAUUCAGCUUUGCUUAAAAAAUCUUCAUGUACAUUAAUGCUUAAUUUAUAUUUUUAAAACAUUUGUUGUUUUUUUUAGCAUUUUAACAUAAAAAUAACCUGACAUAAGGGUUGUUUUUACUCCUCUAACUGGGCAGCAAGUAUCCACUCACCUUUUUUCAGCAAGCUGAAGAAAAACAUUCAUGUCAAUACUGGAAUAAUGACAUCUACGAAAAUCCUUUAUAUUGUUUUUUUUAAAAGUGUAAAAUAAAGAAUAUUUAUUGUUUUA